AUGGUGCUGACCAGAUGCAGCUGGCUCCUCCUCAGUGCCGCUUUCCUGAGCGCAGGGGCCGAGAUCACUAUCACCCCCGAGCCUGCCCAGCCAGCCGAGGGCGACAACGUCACACUGGCUGUCCAAGGGCUUUCAGGGGAGCUGCUUGCCUACAACUGGUAUGCGGGGCCCACGCUCAGUCUGUCUUACCUGGUGGCCAGCUACAUCGUAAGCACAGGCGAUGAGACCCCUGGCCCGGCCCACACGGGGCGGGAGGCUGUGCGCCCCGACGGCGGCCUGGACAUCCAGGGCGCCCUGCCCGGGCACUCGGGCACCUACCUCCUGCAGACUCUCAACAGGCAAUUUCAGACGGAGGUGGGCUACGGACGCUUGCAGGUCUAUGAGAUCCUGGCCCAGCCUGUGGUCAUGACCAACGGCACGGCGUUGGUGGAGCGCCGGGACACCCUGCGCCUGACAUGCAGCAGCCCCAGCCCCGCCGAGGUCCGCUGGUUCUUCAACGGCGACACCCUGCCCAUCGCCGUCCGCCUCGGCCUGUCCCCUGACGGCCGGGUGCUGACCCGGCACGGCAUCCGCAGGGAGGAGGCCGGAGCCUACCAGUGUGAGGUCUGGAACCCGGUCAGUGUCAGCCGCAGCGAGCCCAUCAACCUGACCGUGUACUUUGGCCCAGAACGCGUGGCCAUCCUCCAGGAUUCCACCACCCGCACGGGCUGCACCAUCAAAGUCGAUUUCAACACAUCUCUCACGCUGUGGUGCGUGUCCCGGUCCUGCCCGGAGCCUGAGUACAUGUGGGUCUUCAACGGGCGGGCCUUAAAGAAUGGCCAAGACCACCUCAACAUCAGUAGCAUGACGGCAGCCCAGGAGGGCACGUACACGUGUAUUGCUAAGAACCCCAAGACCCUGCUGUCUGGAUCUGCCUCAGUGGUGAUCAAACUCUCUGCGGCUGCGGUCGCCAUGACAAUCGUGCCGAUGCCGACCAGGCCGAUGGAGGGCCAGGACGUGACACUGACCGUACAGGGCUACCCCAAGGAUCUGCUGGUCUAUGCCUGGUACCGCGGGCCUGCCUCCGAGCCCAAUCGGCUGCUCAGCCAACUGCCGUCGGGGAACUGGAUCGCAGGCCCCGCGCACACAGGCCGGGAGGUGGGCUUCGCCAACUGCUCGCUGCUGGUGCAGAAGCUGAACCUCACCGACGCCGGCCGCUACACACUCAAGACCGUCACGCUGCAGGGCAAGACUGAGACGCUGGAAGUGGAGCUGCAGGUGGCCCCCCUGGAGUAGCACCGUGGCCCUGGAGACCUCCAGAGAGACCAGCUCUUCAUGCCACCCUCCUUGUUUCCUCCCCCUGAGUGGAGGACCACUUGCUUCCAGCAAGGAUGCAGGACCAUGGUUCACGGUUCUCCUGCUUCCACCCUAGAGUUAGAGCCAACAGGGCCCUGCUCCUUCACUGAGC